AUGUUCCAGUAUAAUCACUUCCCAGGCAGUUGGAGUAUUGGUUGCAAGGACAGACUGGAGCUCGCUGUGCGCAAAAUGAAGAAAGCGCACGGCAGAAAGAAGUUUGAUUUUCUUCCACCGACUUUUAUCCUUCCAGAGGAAACCAACUUACUCAAGAAAGCAUGGGGCAGUAAGCCGAAGGGGAAUCUGUGGAUUCUUAAACCGCCAUGUUUUCAUGGUGGAAGGGGCAUUGAAGUGAUACGACGACAGGAAGAGAUCCCUGCUUACACCAGGAUUGUGGUACAAAGAUAUAUAUCCAACCCUUACCUCAUAGAUGGUUAUAAGUUUGACAUGAGGAUCUACGCCUACGUCCCCAGUAUAAACCCACUAAGAGUGUACCUGUACCCUGAUGGUGUGGUCAAGUUUGCCACAAAGAAGUUUUCAACGGACGACCUUGACACUAUGGUCCAUCUCACCAAUAUUGAGGUAAACGCCAAGAAUCCAGCAUAUACAUUGGAUUAUUCACUGAAUACAGGACACAAAAGGUCACUAAGUGCAUUAAAGGAAUAUCUUAAAACAAACAACGGGACUGACUGGAUGCCAAUAUGGGAGGAAAUCAAAGAUAUCGUCCUUAAAACGAUUAUCAGCGGAGAGUCCGAGAUAAAUGAGGGAGUACAAAUUUACCUGCAGAGCAAAUACAGCGGGCAUGAGCUGUUCGGUUUUGAUAUACUUCUGGACCAGAACUUGAAGCCUUGGGUCCUAGAGGUCAACAUAGCACCUGGGUUAUACCCACACUCCGGUCACUUCCGCCCGGUCAAUGACCCCAUGGCCAAGGACAUGCUGAAUUUGGCCGGGUUCAGAAUUCCUGGUGAUCAGAGUACAGACAAAGAGAAUAGUAACACUAGGUAA